AUGAACAAACAAGAUGAUCCAUUUUACCAGCUGGGUCCUGUUAGUGAGUACUUGCGCUUUGUAGCUCGACACCAGGGAGCUGUGAUUUUGAAUGUGAGGCAGGAGAGGUUUAAAGCCCUCGAUUUUGAGUUGAGUAAGUUUGGCUACCUCAACAGCUCUCUCGACGGUGGCUACUACAUCUCCCACAGGCUAUAUGAGUUGAAAAAAGAUCACGGCAGGUCAGCUCUGAUUGCUUUGAAAAGGAAUUUCUAUAUAAACUUAGACUCCCUAUGUCCCUAUGUGGAGUUAGUUCCUUGCAUAUUAGAGUUCUUGAUUUCUCACCGGCCCGAACUGUACCUGGGCAUGUAUAUCACAUCUGCGAUAAAAGCCAUCUGUCGUAGAAAUAAUGUGCAAGUUGAUGAUGAUUGGCAACCAGAUAAAUCGUACAACAAUUUUGAAGACAUUGUGGCAAUUUUUGUAUCGGCGCAUGGCCCUCCCCGAAUCCAACAAAAAUUAGCCCAGUUGUUUGAAGAGAGACACAUGGGUCCAUCGUCUCAGCCCUUUUUCAACUUCAUUAAAGAGACAAUUCGGAACGUAUCUGAGGAAUUCCCCCGUGUAUAUUCGCCUUGUGUGCACAUCUUUCAAAGCAGCAUGUACGGUAAGUCCAGAUUGAUCAAUAAUCUAGCUUCUCAUCACGUUUACCUGAGUCAUAUGUGCUUAAGCAAAAACGUCAAUUCUGGCUAUCCCGGGGCUCGUGUUAGUUACAGCAUUGGUAACGGCACGACGCCAGGAUAUUUGUGCUCUGUAGAUGAAGACUAUUUUGCUAAAGACGUUUUGUUAUUCCUUGUUUGCACCCUUCAAGUGAUCUCCAAAGGUCUCGAAUGCAACGAUGAUAACUAUACAAAGGUUGAGGAAUUUUGGGAUUUCCAGGAAAGGUCAUCAUCCUUUAAUCAAACUGUUGAAAUGUGUUUUAGAGACAAGAAAAAUUCGAAAAGUGAUAUAUGGCAGAGCCUCAUAUUCAAAGGAGCAGUAACUAUUACACAAGAUACCUUGUUUCUAUCUCAAGAAGUACAACAGCUACUACGAAGCGAAUGGGACAAAUACUGCUCGGCAUUGAAGAAGAAUAAGGACAUGAAUAUGGACGACUACUUCGUUCUCGCCAUUGAUGAAGCGGAAAUUCUGAAGUUGAAAUAUGGCCGACAAGUAGUGAGUUUCUCACAUUUUCAGGUGUUCAAAAGGAUGGCACAUUGCCUUGUGGUUAAUAACUUAUGGAGAGGGUUUGCUAUAGUUCUUGCGAGUAGAUCUGGCCUUCGUGAUUAUGAUGUUUCUUUGAGUGAUUCCGGAUUAAUCGAUGUUGUUACCUGGUACGACCUAGAUACCUUCGAUUUGCACGUAAGGUGGGGUAAAACACCGCUUACAUUAGACUUCACCGAGAUCGGAAGUUUGAGAUUCUAUGCCAAGUUUGGUAGGCCCAUUUGGAUGCUGUAUAUCGACAUAAAUCUGGAGAACAAACUGCUAGCGGACGCCAGUGCUAAACUCAGGGGAAGACACGCUGAUGGGCUAUCAAGGCACUAUACACUUUUCGUAAUAUACGCUCCAGUCAUGAAUCUCGAUUUUCGUACAGCGGAAAGCUUGGUAGGAUCUCGAAUGGCCACAGUCCUAAGUGUGUCUGAUCAACGUGAUGUUCUCAAGGUAGGAUAUCCUAGUGAACCUAUUCUGGUCAUGGCAGCCCAUAAAAUCUUGGAAGGCGAAAACGACCUUGAUCUUAUUUCACACCUGCUUAGCGACAAGGUCCUGUCUCCUGCGAAUGCUAGUGAAUUUAUCGCGAGAUGGAUGUUGCUGGAUGUUCUGAAAACUGCAGGUUUGCGCGAUGGCUUACAGAGCAAUUACUGUCGUGUUCGUGAUCUUUUCAAUGGUCUCAAUGAAAAGUAUCACGUCACCUGUAGCCCUGGCCACCCAAAUGAACAUCACUUACUUAAUGAGAGAAUACAUCUCAACCACUGGAUGACUCUUGACUCUGAGUGUACUAUGCAGAUGUUGGCGCUCGGAUUCUUGAGAGGCUGUGGAUUUUGCUUUGAAAGAAGAGACAGAGAUUUCGAUCUCGUCAUCCCCAUAUAUUUGGAAAGCAGAAAUGUUGACCUUACGAACGUCAGAUUCUUCGAAGGGGGCAAGGAUAGUAAAUGGGGGUUAGCAGAGUUGGGUUCAGUAUCCCAAGCAUUUAGUGUUAUCCUCAUUCACGUCUCUAACAACGAAAAUCCGUAUGAGGGUCAUAACGCCGCCAUUCAUGAUAGAAUGGUAGAGGCAGAGCAGUUGAUCUUCGGCGGAUACAAGCCAUUUAUCAGUUUGCAUAUGAAGUUGGGAGCGGAGCCAGCUACCGGUUAUGAUCAGAACCCCACGCAUAAUGAGAAUGUCUUUGCAAAUCAAGAAGAUUCGGUUGAUAUACAUUUGCAUGUAAGGGAGGCUGUGUUAGCUCAGGGCUUUAAUCUUGCCUAUGACCUUCGUGUCACAGGCAACAAAACUUCGAACAGCGACUUCAUUGAUAGAUUACAACAAGUUGUCCAUUUGGCUAAAGAAGUUAGCGAGGAUCCUUCAGGGGAUGAGACGUUGCAGAAGUAUGCUAGAGGUGCUUAUCUCAAUCAGAUGGAAGUGAUUGAGGAAGCUCGUAAAAGAAAAACACAGUCAAAGAGGAGCUAA